UAAACGUCGCCGUAUAAGUGCACAACGUCUCUCUUCAUCCUCCACAGCUUUUCUCUCUCCCUCAAUUCUCUGACAACUUUCUCUCCUCAAAACCAAGAAAAAAAAAACAAAAUCAAGAAAACCAAAGAUAAAUCACCCAAAUUUAAACUGGCCCUUCUCCAUUUUCGCUCACAAAAUCUCGCUUUGUAUAGCUUAUACUCAUAUCCUCAUCCUAUAUCAUCCUCAGAUUCUGGUUUCUGACUUUGUACAAAAAAACGGUGGCGGAAAAAACGGCAGAGCGUUCAAUUAGAGAAACAUGGGGAAGAUCUUGAAAUCUAAGUCUUCUUGGCCAAGAACCGUCGUGAGGAAGUGGCUAAACUUACGUAGCAGCGCUUCCGAGUUUAACUCUGAUUACCCACUCAAAGGGAAGAUGGAGCCGACUCAGGCGAGGAGAAAAAGUUGCUCCGACGGUGAUUAUUACAUGAUCGUGCCGGAAAAGUUUCCAGGAUGGUUGGGCCAAGCAAAUGGGGAUUUAAAACAACCAACCGGUGAACAACAUGUGACACGUGUUGAUGAGAAACUUGAUCUCAAAAUGUUCGUGGGGACAUGGAACGUGGGAGGGAAGUCGCCACAUGAAGGAUUAGACUUAAAAGAUUGGGUUAAAUCUCCUGCCGAUGCCGACAUUUACGUGCUAGGGUUUCAAGAAAUCGUGCCGUUAAAUGCCGGAAACGUACUUGGAGCAGAGGACAGUGGCCCUGCGGCUAAGUGGUUGUCUCUUAUCCGAGAAGCCUUGAACAACAACAACAACAACUUAUCACAAAAUGACCUCGAACUUUCUAAGAAUCACAGAAGCUCCUUCGAAAUUACGAAAUCAUCACAACAGCCCCGUCUCAGCUUCACCAAUCUCCCGGAGGAUAAACCAGUUGCAUGCAAUUCGACCCCUCCGCGAGGCUAUUCCCUUGCAGCGAGUAAACAGAUGGUGGGGAUCUUUUUGUGUGUGUGGGUAAGAGAUGAUCUCCGAAAACGUAUUACCAACCUCAAGGUUUCAUGCGUUGGUCGUGGCAUCAUGGGAUAUCUUGGAAACAAGGGCUCAAUAUCGAUCAGCAUGUCAUUGCAUGAGACGAGCCUAUGCUUUGUUUGUACCCAUCUUACGUCUGGAGAAAAAGAAGGCGACGAGAUCCGAAGGAACUUAGAUGUGACGGAAAUAUUAAAGAGGACAAGAUUUUCGCGUUCUUCUAAAGAUUCUCUCCCCGAAACGAUAAUGGACCACGAUAAAGUAAUAUGGCUCGGAGAUUUGAAUUAUCGACUAAGAGCGAGCAGUGACGUGCAUGAACAGCUUAGGAAUAAUGAUUGGGAAGCACUUCUAGAGAAAGAUCAGCUUAAGAUAGAACAAAGAGCUGGUAGAAUUUUUCAGGGAUGGGAAGAAGGAAAGAUUUAUUUCGCACCAACGUAUAAAUAUCUAAUUAACUCGGAUAAUUACGUUGUCCAAACCGAAAAAUCAAAGGAAAAGCGGAGAACACCAGCUUGGUGUGAUCGAAUAUUAUGGAAAGGUGACGGGUUGAAACAAAUUUGGUACGUCAGAGGAGAGUCGAGAUUCUCGGACCACAGACCGGUUCAAUCUCUAUUUUCGGUUCAUAUUGAUUUGACUCAGAAUCAAUCAAACCGGAAAACUAAACCGAUUAGCCAAAACCAUCGUCCUAACCCGGUCUUACCUUACACGUGCCAUGGGAAAGUCCAAGCUGAAGAGAUCUUGUUGCUCACACGCGCACAAAUUGAAUCUAUACUCCAGUUUCAGUUCUCAAGCUCAAGGACUAGACUUGAGUCAUUUCCAAACCAAAGUUUCUGGAUGGCUAAGUGUUCUGAUGGUGAGAUGGGUUACGAAAAUUCUUCUAAGCGUCCUCAUCAGUGGCUUUUGGAUGGCUCCGAGACAGAGUUACUUCCGAACAAGAAACAUGCGUCUGAAAGUCCUACAAGCAACUUGUUGUUUUCCGGAGUGAUAAACUCGAAUGUCACUUCUUGGGGCAACACUUUCUCUUUCGAGUCUUGUCCUGGUCAGUUUACAGAACGGUUGUUCGACGUCGAAACCACCAGGCCCGGUGAUAAUAUUCAUGACAAGAGCGUUCGUUUGACUAACACUGAGAAGGCCGUUCUUGGAAGGAGUAGUGAGUCUUACAGUGAUCACUCGUUUGGUUUAUCAAUGUCACAGACGCUUGAGGAUCCACAGUCUGCAGUUAGCUAUGGUGGAAUCAGAAAAGUUAAAGUUAGCCAGGUGAAAGAUACUGAAAGUUUUGUAUCGUCUCCAAACGCACAAAGCUACGACAGGGUGGAGAACAGAUCUGUGUCGGCAACUAGGGUUGAUGAGAGUUCCAUGUGCGUGGGUCUUGCGUUUGGUAAGGAAGAGGAGCAUGUUAUCGGCGAAAGUUACGAGAGGGACAAUGGCGUCUUUAUAUCAGUGGGACAGCCAUAUUGUAAGGGCGAUGAAACUAUAUAUGAUAACAGUUUUGCUUCGGAACUUGCUUUCAACAAGGUUGACAGUAAUUUAAUAUCCAUGGGUCAAUCAUACAACCAUGUUGACGAGAGGGCUUCAUCGAAAGGUAGCAACUUUCACAAAGAGAGCACGCCUGUAUGUAGGGAUGGUGUAUAUAACAGGAACAGUAACGUCGUGCAAGAGUCUUUUGUCAAGGGACAGAGCACAAUCAUAUCUUUUGGUGGUUCCAAUGAUGAUGAUGAUGAUAAUAACUCUGGAAGGUAUAGAUUCUUGAUGGCUAAAUCCACACCUCAGUUAUCUGAAACUCCAACUAGAAAAGAUUUGGUUGGAACUAGAACCAACGUGCUUGGUUGCGAUGCUACGUUCUCUAGCAUUGAUGUUUCCACAAAGAAAGAAGAGUCAAGAGUAUCAAAAAAAGUUCAGAGCAAUAGUUUUCCUUCUAAUGUAAGGAGUUUGCUAUCUACUGGUAUGCUCGAUGGAGUUCCAGUGAAAUAUAUUGCUUGGUCACGAGAGAAGGAGCUUCGUGGAGUGAUCAAGGGUUCUGGAUAUCAAUGUGGAUGCGACUCAUGUAACUCCUCUAAGGUGGUGAAUGCAUAUGAAUUUGAACGGCACGCUGGUUGCAAGACGAAGCAUCCGAAUAAUCAUAUAUACUUUGAGAAUGGGAAAACCAUAUACGGGAUAGUUCAAGAGCUCAGGAACACACCACAAGAUAUGCUCUUCAAUGUUAUCCCAACGAUGACUGGCUCGACCAUCAACCAAAAGUCUUUCCGUCUAUGGAAAGAGUCCUAUUUAGCCGCUAUACGGGAACUUCAGCGUAUUUACGGGAAGGAAGAUGGAAAGGUACUCUGACGUAUCUCAUUGUUGGUGAAUUCAACCAGUGAGAAAUAAUAUUUUACAUUGUAUACUUCAUUCAUCAUAAACUAAAGAUGAAUGAAUAAUCUGUAUAUAUUCACAACUAACCAUUCUUCUACUCUCUACUUUCCAUACAAAUGAAGUGUUCUCACAUUGAGAAUUCUAGAGUAAUUGCUUCUUGGUUUGUUCAAUGUGUUUCUGCUAUUGUUAUUCUCUUUAGUGAAAUAUUGAAGCAGU